AAUUUAAGCAAAAACUUCAAUAAUUAUUGUGAAAGUAACAAAAAAAAUUUUUAAAAACAAAUAAAGCGCAUUGCUUUCUUUAGCAAAAAACAGAAAAAAGAUUAUUUAAUUUGUCUAAGUUGAUAAGUUCUUGGUUGCAUCCACACCCAAAACCAAACUGCGGUUGCAAUAUUCUGUAAGGUCACUUAAGCUAGGCAGGCACAACCAGUGUGGCAGGCACUGAGCUCAAUAGAAUAAUACAAUCAAGUGAAGACCACAGAGAAACAGAGAAAAAAUUGAUAAUAAAACAUAUUAGAAGAGCACAAAAAAAAAGUGAUAAAUAAAAAAUAACAAUAAAUUUGGGUAAGAAGAAUUACAGAUAAAUUUGUUGAAAAACAAAAAUAUUCAAACCAGAAUCUAUGACAGACAAAGUCCUUGACCGUUAUCGAUAGAGAUAGUGACAAGCGCAGGAAGAGCGUAUCAGUAAAAACAGAAAGAAAGCAAUAAAUAAACUGAACCUAUAUAAACAGAAAACAAUAUUGUGCAAUAACAUUAAAAAGUAAACAAUUUAGCAAUAAUAAAAAACCUAAAAUAACAUUACUAACAUUCACAUCUCACAAUAAUGUCACCAACUACAAGUAAGAACAACAAUUCAGCAGUAGCAGCAGCAGCAGCAGCAAUAACAACAACACCAGAAACCACAAUAACCGAAACAUCGACAGCAACAAACCAAAGAGCCAGAGCAAUGGCUCCAGCUACAAGAAUCAUGUCCUAUCAGAAUUGUAUUGCAUUGCUUGCCUUGCUUCUUUGUGGUCUCGCCACAGUGGACGGACUGAAGUGCCAUAUGUGUGGUCAGUAUAAUGAGGGCGUGGGAUCUAUCACACCCUGUCUCAAUUACUCUGAGCAAUACGCACAUUUGUACUUGAAGGAGUGCUCAAAGAAGAGCGAGAAAUAUUGUGUGGUGAGUAAACUGAAAUAA